AUGGAUAAAGAAGUAAUAGAAGAAAACAAAGAGACCUUUAAAAAUGCUGUUUGUGACUUAAAAGUACUCCAAAAUAUAUACGAUGAGUGCUUAGAUAACCCUCAAAACUAUUUUGCCUGCUUAAACCCUAAACUUCAAGUGGACAAGUGCCGUCUUUUACAGUAAAAUUUACUUGGGGAAUCAAGAAUUUUUCAUAAUAAAUAUAUAUAAAUUUUAUAUUCUAAAAACAAAUUAUAAAGUUUAUCCAAUAUUUUUGUCGCAAGUUAAAGGGUGAAUUAGUCAAAGUAUAGACAAAGAGUUCACAAGGCAUGAGCUUAUGACAUACAAAAAGUGAUUAUGGCAAGUUCGGCAGUACAGAAAAGAAAAAAGAUACUUAAAAAGAGAAGUUUUUUAA